CCCAUCCGCACGAGCAGUGACGCUUGCCAGUUUCAUUAAACCCGACCGUCAGGAAAUUGCGUGUGUCAGCGGAUAAGCGGGUCCGCCGUGUUUUGUUUUGCUGAGCUCGGCCAAUAAGGCGAAGCGGGUCCUGCCCUCGACUUUCGUCUCAACACAGCAAAACAUAAACAAGCCCUUUUCGACAUCACCAACAAACGUGUUUGUCUGCCAUCUAUCCUGGGCACCGGCGAGAUGGAUGCGAAGCCGCAGCGAAUUCGCGUCCGUGGCGACGAAAAUGCGCUGCCCUCUUUCCACGCCAAUAAGGCAAUCCACCAACGAAACAAGUCCACUCCGGCACUCAGCCUGAUGGCUCAGAACGCGAAGAACGGCAAUGCAAACACUCGCCGAGCAUUCGGCGACUUGAGCAAUGCUCAGCCGAUUCGUGAGAAUUCGGCUUUGCCUGGCAAGCCUGCUACCCAGGGCGCCGACACCAAACCCGCCCUUUCGCAGCCAGCCCAGCGCCCUCUGUCGAUGUCGAGCGCGAAGGGCUUCCUGAACAAUCUCGCAUCGAAGCCGGUAAACCCUGCUGGCAAAGCUCAUGUUACUGCGAUCAAGAAUAGUGCCAAGAAUACCAACGUGGUUUUCCGCGAUCAGCUGAAGCCCGUCGCCGAGAAGGAAACAUCCAAGGAAGUAAUUAUCACCACCCAGCCCGCUCGCAGCGAUGAACGGCCGAAUGGAAAGGAAACCGAACGAGACCUUGCCAGGGAGAAUGACGAAGAGGAGGAACAAGAGUACUUUGACGUCCCGUCGGAGGGCUCUACCGAGGCGCACAUCGCUGAACACAGCCGCCAGAAUCGUGAGAUGAUCCCAUCGCAGGCAGAGGCCACCAAACCUAUCCCUGCUGCGACCGACGUGGGAGAACCCCGCGCACUUCCUUCAAUUCCAGUCUCCAACUCGUUCGAUGGUUCAUAUGAUAAUCGAGCCCCGGAAGUCACUGGCCCAGCUAUGUCGGAGGUUGAGGAUUCAGAAGACGAAGAUCCUCGUAGUUACCUCUCUCGUACCGAGAACACCACCGGUGGCACAACCACCAUGAUCUUUCCCCGGGCUACCGCUGCGAUGAAGCGUGAGAUUCUGCAUGCUCAAUCCUUCGUCGAGGCAAAUCAGACCGAGGAAGAAAUCGAGGAAGAUUUCUACGACUCAAGCAUGGUUGCUGAAUACAGCACGGAAAUCUUCGAGUAUCUGCGCUACAAGGAGAUUGCCAUGUUGCCCACAGCAGACUACAUGGCUAAUCAGGCUGAGAUCCAGUGGUCGAUGCGCUCAGUCCUCAUGGACUGGCUGGUGCAGGUCCACUUCCGCUUCGCACUGCUCCCCGAGACGCUUUUCCUGUGUGUCAACCUCAUCGACCGGUUCCUAUCGCACAAAAUUGUCUCGCUUGGUAAGCUUCAGCUAGUCGGUGCUACUGCGAUCUACAUUGCCGCGAAGUAUGAGGAGAUAACGUCUCCCUCCAUUGCGGAGAUCCAUUACAUGGUCGACGGAGGCUACAGCAUGGACGAAAUCCUUAAGGCGGAGCGAUUCAUGCUGAAUAUCCUCAACUAUGACCUCGGCUGGCCGGGUCCCAUGAGUUUCCUGCGACGUAUCAGCAAAGCCGACGAUUAUGAUCUCGAGACCCGUACUGUCGCCAAGUACUUCCUGGAACUGACGAUCAUGGAUGAGCGCUUCGUUGCCACUCCUCCGAGCUUCGCUAGUGCGGGAGCCCACUGUCUCGCCCUUCUGAUGCUGCGAAAGGGAUGCUGGACCAUGGCCCACGCACACUACAGUGGCUACCUCUAUGCGCAGCUCGUUCCUGUCAUGUCGACCAUGCUGGAAUGCUGUGAGGACCCCCAGCGUCACCACCUGGCAAUCUAUGAGAAAUACUCGGAUCGCCGAUUCAAGCGGGCCUCUACGUUUGUAGAGACCGAGAUCAAGGGUGGCUUCAAGCUGCCUCGGCCCACCCCUUUCAACGACCGUAACCGGCUGGACGGUGUGGCCAACUACUAAGGUCAUCCCUAAUCCGCCAGCCUGGAUGUCCUUUCCCUGCUUGUACAGUGCAAGCAAAUCACACUCCCUACAUCCCUUCCUAUUUCUUAUGUGCAUCAUGAUUGCUUUUUGGGACACCGUUCCAAGGAGGAUCAUCGGAGUGAGUUCUAAACCUGGAUAUUCACUGGCGUUCAUGACCUUAUCUCCCUUCUUCAUCCGCCAACAUUCUUCGAUUCGCCUACAAUUCGUCCCACACCCACCAUCCACUCGCCUCACGACCUUUACAUGAAACGACUUGACACCGUGCGGGGAGUUUUAUGGUUGGACGGCGUUACGCACAUGGUCUGCUUUUCCCUCGGCGUUUCUCGAUAUUCUUAUUCCCUCGCCAUCUUGCUUUAUUCUCACGAUAAAUACCACAUGCCUACCUUUCUUCGCUUCGUGUUGAUGAGUUCUUGAGUAUUCUCCCAUAUCUGAUAUCAGUUGUCUUCACUUCCACCCCUCUCCUCUGCUGCGGCUCUCAGGAGCACACUGCCUUAAUGACGAUCCUAUUUGUCUGGAGUCCUUCUUCUGCGUUGUUCUUUUAUGGCCUAACAUGCUUUACUGUGGCUUCUUUUGACCUUAACAUAGUGUAUCCUACGAGGCGAAUGCUGAUUCCCUUUGUCGUAAUCCUCUCA